GCCAGGUGCAAAAACAUUCUUCAGAGUGCAUGUGUUGCUCUAAGCAGGAGCUAUUUUGCCUGGCAUAAACUGCCACAUAUCGAGUUUGUUGGGGAGAUGGCAGAGGACUAUGGAGGUCCAAGGAGGUGUGUGUGUGUGUGUGUGUGUGUGUGUGUGUGUGUGUGUGUGUGUGUGUGUGUGUGUGUGUGUGUGUUUUCUUUUACAGACUCCUCAUGAUUGAAUUGCAGGAAAAGAUGGGCAUUUUCCAAGGAAGACCAGGGCGGCUGCUUUUCAGCUAUGACCAACGGGCGUUGGCACAAAACAAGUUUUACACUGCGGGAAAGCUGGUGGCCUGGUCCAUUAUGCACAAUGGACCAGGUGUCCGAUGCCUGAACCCAGACUUAUUUCUACUCAUGUGUGGCCAGAAGCCUGAGAUGACCUCCUUUUGAUCUGGAUAUUUUCCAGGAAGAGGAGUUUCAGAUGAAGCUUGAAAAUGUUGUGAGAUGCGGCACCAGUGAGGAGCUAGAGGAGCUCAAAUGCACAUUGGGGGACUGGAUAGCUGACUGUGGUGUGCCAAACAUUUACACAGCCUCUGUCAGGGACCUGCCUACAAUUCACGGGCAAAUAGUUACUCAUUACUUAUACCACAGGGUGGCCAGUAUGGUCCAACAGUUCAUUGCCGGGAUGAAUUCAUGUGGCCAGAUGUGGGAGAUGGUGGCGAUGAACUGGAGAGAGUUCCUGCCACUGUUCACAAACACAACACAGAAACUCUCCAGGAAUGACAUCAGGAACCUCUUCACAAUAUCCUGGAGUCCACAGGGCAGCAACCACAGAGAACAGGAGGAGGAGACUGUCUUCCAGUGGGAGUGCUGGCUGAUGUCCAUUCAAGAAGAGGAGAUGGAUAUUUCCUUCGAGGAGUUGCUGGUGUUUGUGACAGGGGCUGAUUCUGUCCCCCCUCUUGGGUUCCCGCAGAAAUGCCAGCUUGACUUCUAUAAUCAGGAGGAUGGGAGCUGCCGCAUUCCUUAUUCAUCAACAUGUAGCCUUUGCCUCUUCCUUCCGAGAGGGGUUACAGAAGAAGAGGAGUUCAGAAGACUUAUGUUCCUUGCCCUGAAAGGGUCUCUUGGUUUUGGGAAGGUGUGAGGUAGAACAAAGUGUUCAUUUCAUGAGAAGUAGGCAUUGGAUUGUUUACACCAAUAAAAUAUCUUGAAUGUAUGCAUUUGAAAUUAUUUUUUUUUUUAACUAACAUGAUAAACAAAUGGAAUUGGAGUGUGUCAUGAUCUUGGGUGAUUUA